AAGACAUCAGAGAUCUCACACGGGGGAGAAGCCGUAUUCCUGUUCUGAGUGCGGAAAAUGUUUUUCACAAAAGUCCCAUCUUAAUGGACAUAUGAGAGUGCACACAGGUGAGAAGCCGCAUUCCUGUCCUGAGUGUGGGAAAUGUUUUUCGCAGAAGUCCCAACUUAACAGACAUCUGAGAUCACACACGGAGGAGAAGCCAUAUUCCUGUACUGAGUGUUGGAAAUGUUUUGGAGAGAAAAUAGAACUUGUCACACAUCAGAGAUCUCACACGGGGGAGAAGCCAUUUUCCUGUCUUGAGUGCGGGAAAUGUUUUUCAAGGAAGUCCAAUCUUUACAUACAUCAGAGAUGGCAUAUGGCAGACAAGCCGUAUUCCUGUGCUGAGUGCGGGAAAUGUUUCUCAGAGAAGUCCCAUUUUCAUAAACACCAGAGAAUUCACACAGGAGAGAAGCCGUAUUGCUGCUCUGUGUGCGGGAAAUGUUUUAUACAAAAAUCACAUCUUGCCAGUCAUCAGAGGACUCACACGGGGGAGAAGCCAUUUUCCUGUCCUGAGUGUGGAAAAUGUUUUAUGCAAAAAUUCCAUCUUGUCAAACAUCAGAGGUCUCACACAGGAGAGAAACCAUUUUCCUGUUCUGAGUGCAGAAAAUGUUUUUCACAGAAGUCCCAACUUAACAGACAUCUGAGAUCUCACACAGGGGAGAAGCCGUAUUCCUGUCCUGAGUGCAGAAAAUGUUUUGGAGAGAAAAUAGCACUUGUUGAACAUCAGAGAUCUCACACGGAGGUGAAGCCGUUUUCCUGUCCUGAGUGCGGGAAAUGUUUUUCAAGGAAGUCCAAUCUUUACACACAUCAGAGAUUGCAUAAGGGAGAAAAAUCGUAUACCUGUGAUGAGUGCGGGAAAUGUUUUUCAGAGAAGUCCUACUUUAAUAAACACCAGAGAUCUCACACAGGAGAGAAGCCGUAUUGCUGUUCUGAGUGCGGGAAAUGUUAUAUACAAAAAUCACAUCUUGCCGAUCAUCAGAGGUCUCACACGGGAGAGAAACCAUUUUCCUGCCCUGAGUGCGGAAAAUGUUUUAUACAAAAAUCACAUCUUGCCAAACAUCAGAGGUCUCACACGGGAGAGAAACCAUUUUCCUGCCCUGAGUGCGGAAAAUGUUUUUCACAAAAGGACAACCUUUAUACACAUCAGAGAAUUCAUACAGGAGAAAAGCGGCAUUCCUGUACUGAGUGCGGGAAAUGUUUUGUUCAAAAAAAUGAACUUGUCAUACAUCGGAGGUCUCACACAGGGGAAAAGCCGUUUUGUUGUCCUGAGUGCGGGAAAUGUUUCUCAGAGAAGUACAGUUUUAAUAAACACCAGAGAUCUCACAACGAAGAGAAGCCACAUUCCUGUGCUGAGUGCGGGAAAUGUUUUGUACAAAAAAAAGAACUUGUCAUACAUCAGAGAUUGCACACAGGGGAAAAGCCGUUUUGUUGUCCUGAGUGCGGGAAAUGUUUCUCAGAAAAGAACAGUUUUAAUAAACAUCGGAGAUCUCACACGGGAGACAAGCCGCAUUCCUGUUCUGAGUGCGGGAAAUGUUUUAUACAAAAAUCACACCUUGUCGAACAUCAGAGGUAUCACACGGGGGAGAAGCCAUUUUCCUGUUCUGAGUGCGGGAAAUGUUUUAUACAAAAAUCACACCUUGUCGCACAUCAGAGGUCUCACACGGGGGAGAAGCCGUAUUCCUGUCCUGAGUGUGGGAAAUGCUUUUCACAGAAGUCUGAUCUUUCCAGACAUCAGAAAUUGCACACAAAGACAGCACUUCCCUGUCCUGAGUGAGGGAAAUGUUCCUCACUGAAGUUCGGUCCUCCUGUACAUCAGGGG